CCAAUGUGCGGUGAGCAAAGUGAAGAAGUCCGACUCUUUCCCCUCCCCCUUUUCGGGUUCUCUGUCACCAGAUCAACGUCUGGGGAGACUGGCGCAGGAAGAAGAAGUAUGGUGAGGGGAGGGAGCUUCCUCGGCGCCGCGGGAGGGAUGUUGAGGAGCAGGCUGCGGCUGCACGGUCAGAUGAGAGGUGGCGGUGGCCAUGGCGAGAGCGGAGGGAGCAGGUGGCUGAGCGAGGGCACGCAGGAGAGGGGCUACGGCUACCUCUUCAACAGGACGCCGCCGCCUCCUGGGCAGUCCAGGAAAUGGGAGGACUGGGAGCUCCCCUACUAUGUCACGGCCUUCCUCACCGUCGUCAUCCUCGGGGUGGGCCUUAACGCCAAACCCGACUUCACAAUCGAGACGUGGGCCCACCAGAAGGCACUCGAGCGACUGCAGAAGGAGAGUGCCCUCGCUGCAGACGAGUCCGAAUGAUCGUUUCUUGGUUAAGCGUUCGACCGUCUGUGCUGCAACGGCAACUGGACCUGGUCGGCCUUUUCAUUCACUGGUAGCUCUUUGGAAUUUCUUCUUUUGUGUGCCCCUUUUAUGUUUCGGAAACCAAUUUGGGGUUCGCGAGGUGCGAAUCCGGUUGUUGAAUUGGCCCUUGUUUCUUUAAUAAACUUCGAAUUAUGCAAAGAGAACGAGAUCAAAGGUGAUCCUUUUAUUUGAUUCUA